UUCACAGCAGCAGUGGAGCAGCGCCAAAGGGCAGAGAGAUUUGUAGAUGAUGGUGCUAAUUACCAGAAUGCAAACCAUAAUGCGACCAAGAUGGAAGCAAUUUAGGCAGUAGUCAUUUAGCCUGCUGCUCUUCCGCCCACCGGCUGCUGCCUAGCCAGAGCCGGGGCAUUAGGAUGGGAAAAGUCUGGGACAAGCCAUUGCUCGGCUGGAGGGUAACCAAUGAACUCACAGAGAGGCGCUCUGUGGAGCUAGGAGGAACUCUGUGACAGGCCAUUCAUUUGUCUUUCCUUCUUAAUCGAACUUCAACAGAAAUGACUUUAAGCAUUAGAGGGAAAUGCUUACAGGUCAGGAGGAGGAAGGAGCAUCGUAACACUGAAGGACAAAGGAGGCUGUGAACUGUUAACUGCUGAGAGGAGAGCUUGGGUUAGAUUCUUAAGUCAACCAGCAGUGGAAGUGUGUCUCACCUCUGAAGAACGUUCAGAACCAAGGAGCUCUUAUUCAAGGCAAAUCAGAAAUAUUAGAGACAUUGGCUGGAGACAGGAGAGGCCUCAGAUUCUCCGGUCUGAAUUAAAAAAAGAAACAAUUCAGUUGAAAAAGUUGUAAUGUGACUAGAUAAUAAUAUAUAUAUAAAUAUAUAUAUAAAUAUAUAGGUUAUUUUAAAUGUUUGAGUUGGUUAAUAAUUGAUCAGGACACCCAGGAACACGCAUUGCUCAGCUGUGGCAGCUCGGGAUCAUUUGGGAUGUGUAAGUGCUCUUUCAGGAGAUUUCAGAAGAGGAGUUCAGAGAGAGCUGGUCCGCACUCAGUCACUGUGUAAUUGUAUCCACGCCGCAGUCUCUCACUUCACACAGGGCUGAUACCUUUUGCCUCCCCCUUUCCUUUGUAUCAAUUGGUCGGAGUUCAGCCUAUUGUCGCCACAAGCUUCUUUUAUAUCUGCGCUCAGUCUGCGCUCCGGCUCUCAGUCAGACCCGCAGGAGGUUCCAUCAGCAGAGGACUGGAGGGCGGUGCUGUCAGCGGUGUGUCUCGGGCUUGGAUGUGCGCAAGGCUGGAGCUCUGGAGCGUUGGGGCCCCGACACUUUAAUGGGACCCCGAGAGCCGGAUUGGAGUUCUACAUUUUCCCCCCACAAUCGUCGCUCCCCGGCCAUGCCACGAUGCUGAUGAUUUAUCUGCUAGUGUUGCUGAGCCUGUUGGAUCCCGUUACUCCCCGGGCCCGCUGCGCCCCGGGCCAGGCGUGCGACCCCCGGCCGCGGAGGGACGCCGGGGGUCGCGGAGGAGUGUACGAACACCUCGGAGGAGCCCCGAGGCGCAGAAAGCUCUACUGCGCGACCAAAUAUCAUUUACAGAUCAAUGCCAACGGGAAGAUAGACGGAUCACUGGAGGAAAACAACCCGUUGAGCAUCAUGGAAAUCACAGCAGUGGAUGUGGGAGUCGUGGCCAUAAAGGGCCUGUUCUCUGGCAGAUAUCUGGCCAUGAAUGAUAAAGGGCGGCUGUAUGCCUCGGAAGUGUUCAACCAAGAGUGUGAGUUUGUGGAGCGGAUCCAUGAGUUGGGGUACAACACCUACGCCUCCCGCCACCACUCCACGGAGCAGCCUCUGGCCCCGGGGGGCAGCCGGCGGCGGGCCAGCGCCAAGCGGCAGUGGUACGUCUCCAUCAACGGCAAGGGCCGGCCCGGAGAGGCUUCAAAGACCCGGAGCACGGACAAGGCCUCGCUCUUCCUGCCUCGGGUGCUAGGCAACAAGGACCAUGAGAUGGUAAGGCGUUUGAGGGACAGUCAGAGCGCACAGCAUCACACGCAUCACAACGGGCGCCGAGGGGAACGCCGGAGACGCAGACACCGGGCCAGGAAGGGCCGGGGCCGAGGGCCAGAGGACUGAGGGGCUGACUCAGCAACAUGGACCCUGAUGAGCAAAGACUGUCGCAGAGGAGGGGACGCGUUGGGAUCCUGCCUGGAUGAACAGAUCUGUUGAUGCACAGAGACAAUGACAUCAUAGAAGAAGGAUAGAUAGUGUUGGGGCACACACUGAAAAGACUGAAACCGUGACUUUCAUUAAACAUGUCAACAGAAUACACAUAACUGAAUUAGGUUAGUUGAAAGUAAUUAUAUUAAGUUGAACCUAAUGUUUUUUAUUUAAACUUUCUAUGAAUGCUUUCAUCUAAUCUAAUGCAAUAAUGGGACAUUUGUUGACAUUAUACAUUUAAUGCAUUCGUUUUUUCACUGCACAUAUAUCAAAUCUUCUAAUCUCCUGUUCCCUGACAGCGCUACUGUCAGCCUGUAAACACGUGUUUAUGUAGUUGAAACAUUGUUACUUAUAAAAGAUUUGAUUACACCAUCACACGGAGAGAAGUCCUUAUAGAAGGGGUUCUAUUGUAAAUACAGUAUGCACUAUGCAUGUACAGUGACUUAUAGCUUUUCAUUUGUCAAAAGCUGUGAUGACAAAACACGGUAUAUUAAACAAUAUUUUGCUCAAUUUGAAGUGCAACAGAUUGACGGAUAUUUAAGAGAGGACUUUAAUCAGCAAAGCACUUUUGAAUCAGAUCCACAUUAAGAAGCGGAGUAACCAGUCUGCUGUAUUUUUUUUGUAACAAUGUGAUAGUCUACUGUCCGUAAAAGGAGAGAUGUACUUUGUAUAUUUUUACUAUGAUAUGAGUAUUUAUUUGGUGCCUGUGUUGUAAGUUAUUGAUAAUACUAUUAGUCUGCAUUUCAUCCAAUGUCGCUGUUUGUUCAUAGUUUCACCCCCCACCUGUUCCAACAUAAAACACAAUGGUACUGAC